AUGACAAUGCCAGCUCCAACCCCCACCCUGCACUACCGCCUCGCAAUCCCCUCCGACGCCCCCGAAAUCCAACGCCUCAUCCAAUCCGCCUUCCGUACCCCAGACACAAGACCAAAGUGGACCGGAGACACAGCGCUCUCGUCAGCCUUCAGCAUUGAGAUCACCGAGAUCCUAACCACGAUCACUACGCCGGACAGGGCAUUCGUCCUCGCCACCGAUCCCACCGGCGCCCUGAUCGCCUGCGUCGGCAUCUCCAGGGGCACCGCGGGCGCUGACACCGCGCGCUUCUUCAUGUUAGCUGUCGACGAUGCUUACCAGCGCGGUGGGGUCGGACGGAAGGUACUUGCCUACGCGGAGGAGUAUGUUCAGAGGGAAUGGGGUGUUCGUCGGGGAGGGCUGAAUGCGCUUUCGACGCGGGAGGAGCUGAUUCUUUGGUACUUGCGACGCGGGUAUCAGAAGACCGGGGAGGUGACGCCGUUUCCAGUUGAGAGGUUUGCAGGUAUGGAGUUGCCUGAGGAUUUGUGCUUUGUGGAGAUGGAGAAGGCGUUUGUUGCAAUGUAA